ACAUGGCCACCGCUAACACAAACAUGGCCGCCACCAACACAAACAUGGCCACCACUAACACAAACAUGGCCACCACCAACACAAACAUGGCCACCACUAACACAAACAUGGCCACCAGGGACUACGAAAACUUUUGCAACUGCAGCCAUCUCUGCUGUCUGACAUUAUGGAAGGAGUCUCCAGUGUCAGAGCACUUGGCUCUGGUCUUUGGCUCAGAUUGGUGGCUCACGGUUCAACCCAAAACACACAGCAUGUUUGAUUUAGUUCCUAUAUUUGGGACGAUUCAGGAUCGAAUCACUUUCUCAGUGCAGCAAACAUCUCAAGUCAACAAACAUCUCAACAGGGAAAUAAGAACCGGUUUGCAUAGGUCAUUUCACACAAAGGAACAAAAGUUCAGUUUGUCAGAUUACGGGAGAAGGUUCUCUGAAGGACAUAUAAAGGACUGCAGAGGGAUGUUCAACACAUUUCUUAUUUCUUACUGUGCGUCAGUGAUGGAGAAGCACCUGUUCAGAAUCCUGUUUUUUACUGGCAUCAUGAACGUCGUCCUGUCAGUCUCACUCAAAUACUACCUGAUUCAGCAGGGGAAAACGUGGAACGAUGCUCAGGCUUAUUGCCGAGCCAACUAUGAUGACCUAGCCGAGAUCAAGAGUGAUGACAACAUGAUCCGACUUCGGAGUGAAGUACAGAGGCAACGAUUCAACUCCAAAGCUUGGAUUGGAAUGUACAUUGACAUGAACAGCUGGUACUGGUCUCUUCAAAAUGAGCCAGUGGGAAGUACACGUAUGUGGGCUACAUAUUGGAAUCAGCCUAACAACGCGGGCGGAAAUGAACUGUGUGGCGGGAUAGAUCCAUGGGGUUGGUUGGAUGCAUUCUGUUACACUUUACUACCCAUUGUGUGCUUUGAUGGUGAGGAACGACAUUGUUCUAUUUGCCAUUUUGGGUGUUCGAACUAUUUGUAACUGUUUGUUUUCUGUGAUCUUGCUGAAUUUACAUAUGCUCCAAGGGUCAACGAUAUUAAACAGAAAAUCUUACAUUGCUUUAAAGCUAUGUC